CAAUCCAGGCAACCGUCGUGUCCCUGGUGACCAUGUUUCUCGUUGUAAAACAAGAAAACGUUUUAAUUUAUUGUUUAGCUGCGUUAGAGCUAAAACAAUUCAAUUUAAAUUGGGAUUAAUUUUUGAUCGUCAAGUUGAAAACAAUGGCCCAGCUAAAUUGUCCACCUUGUACGCCUUGUGCCGCAGUUUGCAUCGAACAUGAGCCCAUACAAACGUGUGAAGUCAAAAGAAAGAAUCUUCCGAAGCGUCGACAAUAUCUGUACAAACUUCAAGAAAUCAGAAAGAAGCCUCGUCUAAUCCGUUGGGGUCAUGAAACAUCUUACGAAAAUCCGUUCCACGUUCACAAGGAUCCUCCACCGCCUUGCGCUGAGGACAUAGAACUGAAGACCAGUCCGGUAGGGUUGCCAGCUAGCGAUCCACCACCGUAUCUUCCCCAGCGCGAUGGCAACUCUGAUGUUCAUCCCUUGGCCCGUCCAAUGGGCCCGAUCGGUCCGUGGGCUUCCGGUCGAAUCGAUUGGGGCGCCUUAUCCGGGCAAACUGGCACACGUCCUGUUGUGGAUCGAUACUCCAUCACUCGGUACAGUGUGGACGAAUGGCGCCAAAGAAAUGCCGAUACGAUCGAUGCUUGCGCCAGCACAGUGCUCAAGAGUGAGAAAAUUGAACGCGAUAGCAAGAAUACCAUCAUCCGGACGUAUGCCAUCACGGAUAAGAACCAAGCGAAUUGCACCGAAAGUCUCCAUGCCAGGGCCAAGACGAUCGACAACAUGAAGAGCGAUCUGCAGCGGGCCAUCAAAGCGAUGCAGGACGAGAUUAGCACCUUGGAGGAGCAACGGAGACGGCUGAAGCAAUCGUUGGCCGUGCUAAGGAUGCCGGAAGCGAUAGCAUCCGAAUGUCUCGAGCGUAGAACGGGCCGUCCCGACACGGAGCUCAUACGCGACCGACCGGAGGAGGAACUCAUCCGAGAGGUUUCCCUGAUUGCCGAGAUCCGAUCAAUUCUGUUGAAAACCCUUGCGGAAAUAGAAGCCCAACAGGUACAGAACCGUGCGGCCCGCCAGAGAAUGGAAUUCGAUUGGAGCGAUAAGAAACUGGCCCACGAGAACGAUGCGAUCAAUUGCAAUUUGACCAACAAGUCCACGAUAACGCUGUUUCGUCCGGGCGCCACCAGAUGUCCUAAUGAACAAUCGACGGAAAUCUACUGGGAGAAGUUCAGCCGGGAAACGCUGGCGAUGUGUCUGGAUUGCAGGAAGCAAUCGGAACAACUGCGCGGCACAUUGGAUGCCAUCUUGACGAAUGCAGCACGUGACCUUCGUUGCCAGGCGGACAGCGUUGAGCGAGCUUUGGCGGAUCGUAUCAACUGUAUGGAGGAAGUUCGACAGAAGCUGGAAAUUGAUCUUCGAUCAACUCUGCAGCACCUCGCUGACACGGAGAUCCAGAUCGAAAAGCUGAAGGUUGCCAUCCGCAACAUGGACCACGCAAUGAAGGUGGUUCAGACGCGACUGGACAACCGGAACCAGCGGCCACGGGUGGAAAACUGUCGAGACCAGUCGCAGGCGCUGCUCAUAGCCGAAGUUAAAUCCAUAGAGGAAGGUCUUUCCGCCAUGAAUGCCCAACUCAAGCAGGAGGAAGAGGUCAAAAACGAUCUCAUCAUGCGUAGGGGAGAGCUGGAGAAGGAAAUCAUGAUGAAACGGCGAACCAUUGCCAUCGAUCGGGAUCGAUGCCAGCUUUUAAGGACGCAUUUCCCAUCAGCUACCGCGCUUAGUGGUUAUUGAAAUACUCUGCAAAAAUAGGGAUAUUUAAACAUUCAAUAAUAAUUUAUUUAUCACAUUGUUCUAUCUCUCAAAAUGGAAUGGCACAAGUUGUUUGCUUGAUCCUUGCACUGCACUGAGCACAAAUUACUAAAAUUGGAAUAAAAUUUGAUGUGGAUUUUAACUGACUA